CUUUUCCAGUUGUAUUCAAACCACUUAAAUUAUACAUAAUAUUCUUGUGAUUGCUGGAAAAAGAGGUCGUGAUUUCUUACAAUAAGCACUGUUUGUGUUUUGAAAUAGAAGAAAGAACAUUUAAUUUUUGGUCGUUUGGCGACAUUUCUCACGGUCCUUCUCUUCGGUUUAUCCGCUUAAGUAAAUCCUUCUCUAAUUCCCCUUAAAUUGAAAAAGAAGAAGGAAAAAAAGAGAAGGUCCAAUUCACUUGCUCUGAGCAUUUCCCGCCACCGGGAACUGUUUUUGUUCAAAUUCUGGGUAAUAAUGUCGCAGUCUCUCCAAUUCAUCACUCCCUCACGUGCUCCUUACUUCACUCUUCCAAAAUUCCCGAGGAGGUCUUGUACCCGGUUUCCGGUAAUCAACCUCCCCAACACAAAACGCUCUAUAACCAUCACGCCAUCGUUAUCUUCAUUUCUCCAUGCCACGUCAUCACGAUCCCUGCCUUCUGGCAACUCCCAGACCGGAGCUGCGGGGGUUGUAUCGGCGUUAAGCGUAGGAGCGACAGGGAUCGAAGUGGACGCCGUCACGGAGGCGGAGUUGAAGGAGAACGGAUUCCGUAGCACGAGGCGGACGAAGCUAAUCUGCACGAUUGGUCCAGCCACCUGCGGGUUUGAGCAGCUGGAAGCGUUGGCCGUCGGAGGCAUGAACGUGGCUCGAAUCAACAUGUGCCACGGCUCACGCGAGUGGCAUCAAACGGUGAUCGAACGGGUGAGGAGACUCAACGAUGAGAAAGGCUUUGCCGUCGCUAUAAUGAUGGAUACUGAAGGUAGCGAGAUUCACAUGGGAGAUCUCGGUGGCGCUGCCUCCGCCAAAACUGAGGAUGGAGAAAUCUGGACAUUUAGUGUUAGGGCUUUCGGAACACCGCGGCCAGAGCGUACAAUUAAUGUAAAUUAUGACGGUUUUGCUGAAGAUGUGAAAGUUGGGGAUGAACUUUUGGUUGAUGGUGGAAUGGUGAGGUUUGAGGUGACUGAGAAGAUUGGUCCCGAUGUUAAGUGUCGGUGCACUGAUCCAGGAUUGUUGCUGCCGCAAGCUAAUUUGACUUUGUGGCGGAAUGGCAGUCUUGUUUCAGAGCGUAAUGCAAUGCUUCCUACCAUUUCUUCCAAGGAUUGGUUGGACAUUGACUUUGGGAUUGCAGAAGGUGUUGAUUUUAUUGCAAUAUCCUUUGUCAAAUCUGCUGAAGUGAUUAAUCAUCUUAAAAGCUAUAUUGCUGCAAGGGCAUGUGGUAGUGAGAUAGCUGUCAUUGCAAAGAUGGAGAGUGUUGACUCAUUAAAGAAUUUAGAAGAAAUUAUUCAAGCAUCAGAUGGAGCUAUGGUCGCAAGGGGAGACUUGGGUGCUCAGAUACCAUUGGAACAGGUUCCAUCAGCUCAGCAAAAGAUUGUCCAGCUCUGCAGGCAGCUAAAUAAGCCAGUGAUUGUUGCCUCCCAGUUACUUGAAUCAAUGAUUGAAUACCCUACACCCACCCGAGCUGAAGUUGCUGAUGUUUCUGAGGCGGUGAGGCAGCGAGCUGAUGCUUUAAUGCUCUCUGGUGAGUCUGCUAUGGGACAGUACCCUGAAAAGGCAUUGGCUGUUCUGAGAAGUGUUAGUGUGAGAAUAGAAAAGUGGUGGAGGGAGGAAAAAUGCCAUGAAGCUAUGGAAUUGCCAGAUGUAGGAACUUUGUUUGCAGAUAGUAUCUCAGAAGAGAUUUGUAAUUCUGCUGCCAAGAUUGCCAACAAUCUAGAGGCGGAUGCCCUUUUUGUCUACACAAAGACAGGCCACAUGGCAUCUCUCCUGUCCCGAUGUCGACCAGAUUGCCCCAUCUUUGCUUUUACAACCACAACUUCUGUUCGGAGGCGUCUGAACCUACAGUGGGGUCUAAUACCCUUCCGUCUAAGCUUCUAUGACGAUAUGGAUGCCAACCUUAACAAAACCUUCUCAUUACUCAAAGCCAGGGGAAUGAUCAAAUCAGGCGACCUUGUAAUCGCUGUAUCAGACAUGUUGCAAUCCAUCCAAGUCAUGAAUGUUCCUUAAAGCCUCGGUACGACUGAUUUUGGUAAAUUUUAAGCACACCUGCCUCUCAACUGUUUUAUGCAUUAAACUUCCUGUAUACUUCACAAUCAGUUGAAGUUGAUUACAAUUAGAAAGAAAACUAUUGGCAUAGGUAAAUGAGGAGUAAUCGUGAGUUUGGUCUUCCUGGUUUUAACUCAUGGAUUGUCCAAAAUCUGUAAUUUUUUUUUUGUUUUUUUUUUUUAGUAUUUGUUUUUUGGGAUUUUCAUGACAUUGUAGCUCAUGAGUCAUGUUUGUUAGCUAUUUGUUUUUCAUGUUUUUUCAUGUGUAAAUUAUUACAUGUUAGCAUCAUACAUCGUUAUCCUUUCCUAUUGA